AAUGCAUUGAAUUUAUUGCGCACUCUUGCCGAACAGUCGUAUCGGGUGCGGCCAUUCUACUUUGAUAAUUAUUUAAUAUUUCAAUACUUCACACAACGCAGCGAAAUCAACGAAUUGAAUGUAAAAGAUAUAAAUAAUUCACAUCGGAUCUCCUUCUUGAAAACUGAGUUGCUCAAACAUUUGCUCGAUAGGCGUCGGCAGAUACUGUACUGGUUGUUCUACAUUUUGUUAGCGUUCUCUAUUCUCUUUAUAUAUCGUCAUGAAGCAACGUCAACAUUGAAAGAGACACGGAUGGAUUCAUUCGUCUACCCCGGGAUGCGUAUGUGGCGACGCUUGACAUUGCCGCUAAUACAGCGUUUUCCACGCCUAACUGAAUUUUACGACGAAUCCUGCCUAAUGUCUAACCCAUUCUUCCAAGUAGACGAUGUCAGUUGUAGACAGUGCGCGGAUGUGCAAGGUGUUAUUGAUCUAACUGAGGCAAAAUAUAAUAAACCAAAAUCUACGCAUGAUAAUAUUGAUCAGAGUAGUAAUAAUGUUAAAGAAGAAAUCACACCCUUAGAGUUAGUGCCUUUUCUAUUCAAAAUCAAUCAAACACCAAUUGAAGUGCAGGACUUAUACAAUAUUUACGCAAGCAACUAUGAAAUAUUCCAACGUGAUGCUUAUCGCGUUCAGUCCACCAAUCGCGAAGUAACGAAUCUUGAAGAACUAUUUAGUCAAUUUAAUAGCUCACUACAUACAGAAUCAGAAAUACGUCCAAGUAGUCAAGAGCCAUUGCAGGCACAUCACUUAUGGCGCUGCAAUCGUAUGAUGCCUGCACGUUUGUUGCGCCCAUUAUUUGCAUCGACUCGUCUUCCAAAUACUGGCAUCGCACUAGAGCGGUACAUGUCAAUUGACACGGCCAAAGCGUCGGCAUAUACUUUACCUGAAACGGAAUGUGCCAAUGUUUAUGUGCAACAGGCGCAAGGGUCCCGUUUCAUCAUCUUACGUCCAACAAGUGAAUGCAGACACAAGUGCCGCACGCUAUCAAUGCGACUGCCGCAGUCAUUUGUGUUAAGCUACAACUGGUGGUAUUGGAAACCCAUAUCUGCCCCUGAUCCAGCAUCUAAUACACCGUCAAUAAGUUUAAUUGGAUCUUACUGCUAAGGAUCGCUCACCAAAAGCCAAUGUUAUGAUCUCAUAUUCUGAGCAUAAAUAACAUUUGUGCAUCUAAGUUGAUGGCAAAAUACGAAAGACUUUUGCCAAUGCGACUACGUAAAUGAUUUAAAUGAUCUACUAACAUAGAAUAUCCUACCCUCUUUUAUUCCUUUUAUACCACUAUAAUCAAAAAUGGUGUCUUAAGUGUGGUAUAAUAUAAAAUAAUUCAGACUGUUGUACUUUUGCCAUUUGCCAUUUGAUAUUUUAGACGUUUAAUUUUGUUUUGGACGUUGUCGUUUAUUAACUACUGACUUAUUUUAUAUUAAACUGCCUUUAAUUAAACAAACUGUGUAAUAAUAUAUUUUGACUUAAUAGCACGAAACAAAUAUUUUUGAAUUUAUUGCAAUGUUAAAUAAUUUAUUUUAUCCAAGUUAAUGUAACGUAAACAUUUAUGUACUAAACACUGCUGUAUUUUAUAUAUCGUAAUCAGUAUCAGUAUCAGUAACUUUGUUAUCAACAAAACCGUUUCAAGCAAAAAAGUGCUGUUCGUAUUAAUCGAAUAAUGGGUCUGUGCCACGAGCUACUCGUAGUAACUUUGAGUAACACUGUGUAUACACAAGUGCGUUCCACCAGCUAAUUUUCGAGUAAA